GGCGAUCGAAGACGGCGACCUAAUUCACUAAAAAAAGGGAAGACGGCGAGGUAGCCGCCGAGAACCGGAGUUAGGGUUUCACUCAUCUGUAUCAGAAUCGAAGAACAAAAAAAAUGGUUGGUUCAGGCGCACCGUCCGAGAGGGAAGACAAGGUUUCCUUGGAACUCACGGAAGAAAUUCUUCAAAGCAUGGAAGUCGGCACGCUCUUUAGCGACUAUAACUGCAGAAUCAGUUCAAUGGAUUUUCACAAAACGUCUAGUUAUCUGGUCACUGCUAGUGAUGAUGAAUCUAUUCGCCUGUAUGAUGUUUCUAGUGCAACAUGUUUGAAGACGAUUAAUAGCAAAAAAUAUGGGGUUGAUUUGGUUUGCUUUACAUCUCAUCCUACAACAGUUAUAUACUCUUCAAAGAAUGGCUGGGAUGAGUCCUUGCGGCUUCUGUCCUUGCAUGACAACAAGUACUUGCGAUAUUUUAAAGGUCACCACGACAGGGUUGUUUCGCUUAGCCUUUGUUCUCGCACUGAAUGCUUUAUAUCUGGUUCUCUUGAUCGAACUGUUUUACUCUGGGAUCAAAAAGCUGAGAAGUGUCAGGGUCUUUUACGCGUACAGGGAAGGCCUGCCACAGCAUAUGAUGAGCAGGGGCUUGUUUUUGCAAUUGCCUUUGGAGGAUAUAUCAGAAUGUUUGAUGCUCGAAAGUAUGAAAAGGGUCCUUUUGACAUUUUUUCUGUUGGGGGAGAUGUAUCUGAUGCUAAUGUUGUAAAGUUCAGCAAUGAUGGAAGACUUAUGCUUUUGACAACAAUGGAUGGCCGUAUUCAUGUUCUUGAUUCAUUUCGAGGCACACUUCUGUCCACAUACAAUGUGAAGCCAGUUUCUAGCAAUUCCACAGUAGAGGCAUCUUUCAGUCCUGAAGGAAUGUUUGUAAUAUCAGGAUCAGGAGAUGGUACUGUCCAUGCUUGGAGUGUAAGGAGUGGGAAAGAAGUUGCAAAUUGGCUGCUUUAUGACAUUGAACCUCCUGUGAUAAAAUGGGCUCCUGGAAGUCUUAUGUUUGCAACUGGAUCUACUGAGUUAUCUUUUUGGAUUCCAGAUCUGUCUAAAUUGGCAGCUUAUGUUGGAAGGAAGUAGAACUUCCAUUGCUACACCCUUGCAAUUCUACGUCUGAAAGUCAAGGUUGAUACUUAUACUGAGAAAUAACUGUUUCUUUCACUUUCACCUCUUAGAGUAUCUAGUGUACGGGGUACCCGUUAAACAGCCUUGGUGCAUUUGUCAAGGUGAUAAUAUCCAUGAUCUCUGUUGUAUUCCACCAUGCCAUCUACUAACACGUAAUAAUUUCUGCACCUUCAUCAUCUCUAUCUUUUAUAAGCAUUUCAAUUCCCUGUUACUUGGGGGACUGUUAAUCACAUUCUCUUAUUGAUCAAUCUGUGUUAUCUUAGCAUCCAGUAGAUUUUAUGCUGAUCAUCUAUUCAAAAUGUAGGGACUCAUAAAGAUGAAGAUUGAAGGGAAACCUUCACUUUCUCCAUGAUUUGACUUUAAAUAGAAUUUUAUGGACGAAUGCAAAGUGGUGUCUAAAAGAAGCAAACUUUAGGGUCCUUUGACAUCAUUCAACCAUUCAGCAGUUGGGGUCCUUGGAGGUGAGAUAUUAUACUCAAUGUACUCUUACGCAAGAGAAUUCUGCAGGGAAUGGGGCUCUGAAGAUAAAAAUACCCACAUAUGUGCGUAUGUAUACAAAACAAUUUAUGUACAAAGCGCACGAGUCCGUUGGAAAGGCUCCAAAAUACAGCAGCAUUCAUCAAAAUGGCAAGCAAACCAACUUCGUCUGAGCCAUUGGAGCACUUUCAGGAGAGCAAGAUAGCUCACGACUUGAGCAUGAUGCUAUUCAUGACUCACUUUUUUACUAGUAUCAGACAUUACGUACUUGUGGCCUCAGAAAGCUUUUGAGAUCUUGUUUGGAUCUACAACUAAAUCUCUCUUCGGAUGUAUAUGAGAUCUUCAUUCGGUUUUCUCUCUCUUACAGCCCUUAAUGCCUAAAACACAUUGGGGUCAGUCUCAUGCUAUAAAGUGCGAAAAUGUGU